AUGAAGCAGCAGCCAGCAGGAGCCUGUCGGGUUCCCAGCAUCAACCCAGCAGCAGCAGCAGCAAAGCCGGAGCAAGUCCAAGUCCAAGAACCAACCCAGCUCUGCGAGUCAGCUAUUGACACUGACACCAACAUCGACACGACACGACACGACAUCAACACCAGACAAGGGACGAAACACAGCAGACGAGCAGAAAGAGCCAAAAAAGCCUCAAGGCCGUCUUUGGCCGGUGCAGCCUGGUCCACUCCUCCUCUCUGCAUUGCGUUGGACGAUGACUUCACUCAUGUCACCGUUGACGCGGAGCCCUUCGGCUCAUGUCCAGCAACCAACGACCUCCACCACCCGCCGUCCAUACGCCAUCCCGUCGUCCGCCGCGCACCGUCCGUCGUGCUACUACUACUCUACUUGACGAAAUGA